AUGCCAGCCACACCGCGGUGUGGCAUGUAUCCCCGCCGGAGUAAUCCCUAUCCCCUCGCAAAGAAGCCGCUAAUCGGUUUGUCGAGUGGCCUCCCUAUCCGUGCGAUCCCCCCAGUCCCUAAUCUUUAUAACGUCGACCAGCCGACGGGUUCCCCUGCUAAUCCGAGGCAGGGUAGACCGCCGGCCAGACCCCAAGUUCAACCCCCAGAUUGGCUCCAGACGGUCGUGAGGGGCGGUUCUCUCACUUUAGACAUGUGGUUUCCUGGGACCUUUGCCGGGAGAACGAGUCUCCUGGACUUACGUUUACCCGUAGUACGCUACAGCGGUCCGUUAAAAGGCACUGACGUCACUCGCAGCCCCGGUCGGUCGUCACCCUCCGCUCCACCCAGGGCCUUACCGGCUAGGUUAAACCUACCGGGACUGAGCGUCCCGCCGGCAUCGCCCCCAGGGUUCAACACGGAGAGCCUCGAGCCCCCACACCACGACAAGGUGACAGCCACUGCCGGAUUUUUACCGGCUAAAACCCCUCCGCCGCCGCCCUCGCCCAGGGCGAAGUGGAACCGCUUUCGCAUUACUUCGCUUCGCCCCUGUGGCUGGCCAGUUCUUCGUGGCCUCUCUCCGCCUCCCUCAGCGUCGCGUGAGCCAUCUUAA